CACCCCUCACAUGCAUUAGUUGACACUAACAACUCCUCCUUUUUUUUUCUCUCCAAAUCCCUUUGCUCAUCAUCAUAAAUAAAUAAACCAAAAAAGCUUGUGUUUUUCAGCUAAUUACACACUUUUUGGAAAAAAGAACCAUUUUCUUGAAAUUUGAUAUAAUGGGGAAUUAUAUGGAUACAUGCAUACAAAGAGAGCAAACAACAGAAGAAAAUCCACAAGUAGUACAAGCAGAAAAGGAAGAAUAUGGGAAAACAAGAGUAGGAGGAGGCAUAAUUAUGGAAAGUAGUAGUAAAAUGAGAGUAAAGCUAGUGUUAACAAAAGAUGAGCUAGAUUGGCUGUUAUUACAGUUGAAAGACAAAGAAGGUAAAAGCUGCUUAUUGGAAGAUGUAUUGGGAAAGAUAGAAAAGAGUAGAUCAAUGAAUAAUAAUGGCAAAAGUACUACUACAACUACUAUUGGAGGAUGGAAACCUUCUUUAGAGAGUAUUAUGGAAACCCCUGAAGUUCAUCAUGAGAUGAUUAGAUCAUCACGAUCAUGAUCAUAUAUAUAUAUAUAUGUUUCAUGCCCAAAAUUAAUUACCUUAUUUUGUUAAUUUUAUAGCUACUUCUUUAAGAUCAUCAUGAUGUGGCUGGAGUACUUUGAGAUGUAUGGAAUCAUUCCCAGAUCAGUAAUUAUGCGUUUUGAUUUGGAAUUUUACUAUAUAUUUUAGAUUGAUUGUUUUGGCAUGUAAUGAAUUUUGAUCUUUUAUUUUUAA